AUGGUUAAAAGCUCCACACGUCUGCAGCGCAAGCUUGCAAAGAAGGCCCCCUUUAUAAACCAAGAAGGCCAAGAACAUGAAGGAAUGGAUUCUAAGCAUGACAGUGUAAAUACAAUGGCACAUGAUAGUUCUACAGGAACAACAACAUCAGCAGUAACAGGCAGUAAGGCACAACGGGAUAAACAGGGUCAACGAUCACUGCAGCGAAAAGCCAAGAAGGAACCAGUACAGCAUCAACCGCAGCAACAACAAAAGAAAAAGGUAAAAAGAAGAGACAAUACAAUCUCUACUGCUACUGGAUCGGCUACCCCUACUGCCAUUAGUAGGAGUGAUCAGACAAGGAAAACAAAGAAAAUGAGUAAUCAAAUAAGUGAUCAACAUCGACGUGUGGCGGAGAAACUUGUGGCUCGUGAACAGCAACAACACGCACGAUUAACAGCAGCAGAGGCAAGAAUGGAAGCCGCGAAAGCUGAAUUAGCGCUGUUUGAUCAAGUAACACAAAUCCCAUCAUUUGUGGAAAAUCCGUUUCUAGCGAUUGAGGGACACUUGAACGAUACCAUGACGUGCUUGCAGCCACAGACACCAGAUGUUGGACGCGCCAAGCGAGAGGAAUAG